AUUGGAUUGGCUGACCUUGGCGGAAUUUCAGUCGAAUGGCCUUGCUUAGCCAAAUUGUUGGUUGUGUUUUGUUCUUGACAGACUGCUAAAUUCCUCGUAAAAGCAUUCAGUCUAUGUGACACAAGUGUGGAUGUCCAAGAGGGAAAACUACUGCUCUGCUGCACAACGUGUUUGUGGAGUGCUAAGUAGCCUGUCGAAAGAUAACCGCUUGGUUCGUGUCAAUGAUAAACUGGUGGAUAAGCUAUCUAAAUUCUUGAGUUACGGAGCGCAGAAUAUUCAAGUUGUUUGUGAUUUUGACCACACGUUGUCCAAAUACUGCCAUAAUUCGGAAAAAGUUCCAGUUUGUCAUGGUUUGUUCAUGAGACAUCCAAGAAUACCCGAAGUGUCUAGAAGGCGGCUUGAGGAAUUAUGUGAACUUUACAUGCCACUUGGGAGCUCAGACAACUUAAGUGAGUCGGAGAAAUGUUCUCUGAUGAUGGAAUUUUGGAAGCUUGCUCACAGAACACUGGUUGAUGGAAAUAUAUAUCGAAGUGAUGUCGACUGUUGCGCUUUAGAAGGUGGAAUAGUACUAAGGGAUAAUGCAAUCGACUUUCUGAAUAAAUUGGCUGAUUUGAAUAUACCACUGAUUAUAUUCUCUGGUGGUAUAGGCAACAUUAUUGAAGUACUUUUAGCGUCAUUGAAUGUAUCGCUGGAUAAUGUUCGUAUUGUUUCAAACUUUAUGGAUUUUAAUGCUGAAGGUUACUGAAAACUUCCUCAACAUUUUCAAGCAUUGGGUGACCUGUUUUUCAACAUGUUAUUGAUUUAGUUCAGUUGAGAGUACUUGACAGACGACUAUUAGAUAUUUGUCUUUAACUACAGGCUGACAGAUCUGUUAUUCUUCAUACAGCAACUGGUAGUCAUCACGUAAUUCAUAAGUAUGUUUGGUUGGUGAAUUGUAUCUAUCCUGCUACCUACAGAAUGUAUACUAGUCUCAGAAGCUAUUAUCAUUGUCUUAUUGUAUUCAAUUAUUGUUUUGUUAUCUUGCCACACUAGUUAGGAACUUGAUACUCACAUCAGCUGUAGUUUAUUCAGUAUAUCUGUUAUGCUAUAUAUGACUGUUCAAUAUUAUCUAUCACACAACAUCAUUACAGGGUCGUUUAGUUGGAUUUCAGGAUCCUGUUAUUCAUUCGCUGAAUAAAACAUACAAAAUAAUACAAAAUUCUGAAUAUUAUGAGACGGUUUUAUCAAAGCGGAUUUGUACUUUGCUUAUUGGAGACUCGGAUAGUGAUGCAAAUAUGCUUGAUAAUAAACAGAAAUUUUCUGGUGAACAGGCUAUUGUUAUUCGUAUCGGAUAUUUGAAUGAGAAACGUGCAAAAUAGUUCACAAAUCGGACAUGUGGUGGUGUCGUCAUGUGUUCUAAGGAGCUUAAUUUCAUAUGAUGGGUUCCUGGUUCAAAUUCUUCUUCUAUUUUUACCCAUGUUAAUCUCAUUCAAUAAGUCUUCGCUGAAUGCCUCUCUUAUACGAUAGCUAUGUGAUGAUACCAUAUGAUUUACAGUGGGAAACUUAGUGAAGAUAGGAGUAAGACUUGAGCGCCGGCUAUCACAAAUGAUGUUCCGGAUUGCGGUAGACAGGUAUGUGGAGCAGACUGUGGAGGGAUGAUGAGACGGGUAUAUGUUGGACAGACAAAAAUACUCUGGAAGAUCUGAACUUCACCGAUAAUUAAUAACCAAUGUCGCACAAGCUCGAAGAUCUACAGUGAAAAGUAGUGAGUUAGCAGAAACGGUAAGUCUUCAAGUGAAUAUAGAUAGAAAAGACAAAGGUGAUAAAAAUGCCCAACCAUCAAUGGGAGAAAUAUAAAAGCAGUAACCUCUUUCGCUUAUCUAGACGGAAAUUUUUUCAAUAU